GGGCCCGCAAAGCAUAUUACUUGGGUAAUUCAAUCUUGCCGAUCGCGCCGCGGCCCUCAAUACAGAAUUGCUGCUUCGCGUCUUCCUCGCCUGCUCGCUAUACUUAUAAAGAUCACCUCGAUCGGAAUCCGCACUACUUCCCCGCACGACUCUUUUCGGCACCUCUACUCAACUUGCCACCACCAUGCACGUCGUCGACGCCCGCGCUUUCGAUGCUGUCUCGGACGCUGUUGAUCAGGUGAACAAGAUCAAAGGUGCCAAGGCCGCUGCGGCCUGGGAUGAGUCGUCCAAGUUCGACACAGAGAAGGACAAGUCCGCCUUCCGCCAGUACGAGGCGGCUUGCGAGCGUGUCAAGAAUUUCUACCGAGAGCAGCAUGAAAAACAGACCGUGGCAUACAACAUCCAGGUCCGACAGAACUUCAAGAAAACCGUGCGUGCACGGAUGGGCAUCUGGGAGGCGAUGGAGACGCUCGACAAGCUCGUCGAUGACUCCGACCCAGACACGAGCGUCACACAAAUUGAGCAUCUCCUGCAAACUGCCGAGGCAAUCCGGCGGGAUGGAAAGCCCGAAUGGAUGCAGGCUGCAGGACUAGUGCACGAUCUGGGCAAGCUGCUCUUCUUCUUCGAUGCGCAAGGCCAAUGGGACGUCGUCGGCGACACCUUCGUCGUCGGAUGCAAGUAUUCCGACAAGAUCAUCUACCACGAGACGUUCGCUGGGAACCCCGACAGCAAGGACUCCAUCUACUCAUCCGAGUAUGGCGUGUACGCACCGCAUUGCGGGCUCGAAAACGUCAUGCUGUCUUGGGGGCAUGAUGAGUAUCUGUACCACGUGCUGAAGAACCAGAGCAGCCUCCCGGUUGACGCGCUCUAUAUGAUACGUUACCACAGCUUCUACCCGUGGCACCGCGAGGGCGCGUAUUCCCACCUCACGAACGCGGACGACGAGCGCGCGCUUGUUGCAGUGAAGGCGUUCAAUCCAUAUGAUCUCUACAGCAAGAGCGAUGACCCGGUUGACCCUGUGAAGCUCAAGCCGUAUUAUGAGGAGCUGAUCGCAAAGUUCUUCCCUGAGGUCAUUGAGUGGUGAAGUGGUAACCGAUUUCGUAUAUGGAAUAAAAAGUUACUUUGGACUUUCUUUGCUCCUUUGCUCCGUCUUGUUUCUAUGUCUGUACGCU